UUCAUUGCUCACAGCUGUAACGUUAUACAUUGACGGAGUUUCGCUUUCAGUCGAGACAUAUAUUUAAUCUAACUUUACAUUAAAAGUUAAGAACUCUGAACCAUAAUCAGUUUUAUCGGUGUAUAUACCAUUCGCCUAUACUCGCAUAUUAAACAACCACUGGACAGCGUUUAUAAGUGCAAAGUAACAUUUGUCGGGGGGAAAUGCGCAUGCAUUCAUAACCGGAUGUUUUUAUUGAGCAUUUAAGAAGAGUCGCAUACUAUGGCGGAUGGAGCUGUGGUGUUCGGGUCGGGUUUAAACUCAAGUUGUAUGACCUCUCGAGUGAAGAAAGUCAACAAUAACAACAGCAUUUCAACAGCAGCGAACAUGAGGAGGAAGACCCGACAGAGUAACAGAAGAGACAUUCACAACCGGGUUGUGUUAGAGAAGGUCCUGGGAAUCACUGCCUCCAGCAGCAGUGCUUUAACAUGUGAUCCUAACACUGGUUUAGUGGCAUAUCCAGCAGGUUGUGUUAUUGUCAUCCUGAGUCCGAAGAAAAACAAACAGACUCACAUAUUUAACGCAUCUAGGAAAACCUUCAGCGCUUUGGCAUUCUCGCAGAAUGGAAAAUAUUUGGUCACCGGUGAGAGCGGGCACAUGCCCUGUGUGCGGGUAUGGGAUGUGGCAGAGCGGACGCAGGUGGCAGAGGUCCAGUGCCAUAAGUACGGGGUGGCAUGUGUAUCUUUUUCCCCCAAUGGGAGCUAUAUAGUGUCUGUGGGAUACCAGCAUGACAGGACCGUCAGCGUUUGGGAGUGGAAGAAGGGGACGGUUAUCGCAUCCAAUAAGGUGUCCAGUCGAGUGCUCGCCGUCUCUUUUUCCGAGGAUAACAGCUAUUUUGUAACGGCAGGGAACAGGCAUGUUAAAUUCUGGUAUCUAGAUGCAUCGAAGGAGAGGAGGGUGAACAGCACCGUUCCUCUGAUUGGUCGUUCGGGGUUGCUAGGGGAACAUCAGAACAGUCAGUUUUGUGGUUUGGCUUGUGGUCGUGGCGCUAUGGCCAGCAGCACUUACUGCAUCACACACACGGGUCUGCUGUGCCAGUUUAACAGCAACAGACAACUGGAUUCCUGGGUUGACCUAAAGACCACAUCAUCCCAGUGCGUGUCGGUGAGCGAGACGUUUGUUUUUUGCGGUUGUGCGGAUGGCACGGUGCGUGUGUUCAGCCCAAAGGACCUUCACUACAUCACCACUCUCCACCGGCCGCAUUGCUUAGGAGUGGAUGUGUCUCAAGGCAUACAGCCGGGGCAUCUGUUUGGGGCAAGUCCUGAAGCUCAGUAUCCGGAUACCUUGGCUUUAACCUUCGAUCCUGUGACGAGGCACUUGACGUGCGUGUAUAAUGACCACAGCGUGUACGUAUGGGACGUAAGAGACAUACAAAAUGUCGGGAAGGUCUACUCUGCCCUCUAUCACAGCGGAUGUGUUUGGAGUGUUGAGGCCUAUCCUGAGCUAGAAGAAUCUUCAGCGGCGUGUUUGUCCCCUGGCUCGCUCCUCACCUGUUCCUCAGAUAACACCAUUCGCCUCUGGAAAAUUGAGUCUCCGCAGGGUCACACCCAAGGGCUCGCUCAUCGUCAUAACCUUUACAGUCAGGAUCUAAAGAGGAUUGUGUAUGUGGAUGAAGACACACAAUACCUAAAAGCCGAGGCUGAGAAAGCCGAGGGAACCAACCAGGAUGGUAAAUCUGGCAUCAGGGUGCUGGAAAUCAGUCCCGAUGGCCAACAUCUGGCUGCUGGGGACCGCAGCGGGAACUUGAGAAUUUUUGGCUUGCUGUUUAUGGACGAGCUGGUGAAAAUUGAAGCCCAUGAUUCCGAGGUCUUGUGUCUGGCCUUCUCGCCUUAUGAGAGCUGUUUGCGUCUGUUAGCUUCAGCAAGUCGUGAUCGACUCAUUCAUAUUUUCGACAUGGAGAAGAACUAUAAUCUCGUACAGACGGUUUACGAUCAUUCAGCCUCCAUCACAGCCAUCAAGUUCACAGGACUUACCUCGGAUGUGUGUAUGGUCAGCUGCGGCGCUGAUAAAAGCAUUUACUUCCGAUCGGCUGAGAAGACCUCUGAGGGUUUGAACUUUACACGAUCCCAUCACAUAGUAGAGAAGACGACGCUGUACGACAUGGACCUGGACGCCACACGUACACACACUGCCAUCGCAUGCCAGGAUCGUAACAUCAGAGUUUAUAAUGUGAGGAGUGGAAAGAUGAAGAAGUGUUUUAAGGGCUCCCUGAAUGAUGAUGGGACUCUACUGAAGGUCCAUUUGGAUCCUUCAGGAAUGUUUCUGGCCACCAGUUGUUCAGACAAAAACAUCUGUAUCUUUGAUUAUGAGUCAGGGGAGUGCGUGGCCACUUUAUUUGGACAUUCAGAAAUUGUUACAGGUAUGAAGUUCAGCCAGGACUGUAGACAUCUUAUCACUGUAUCCGGUGACAGCUGUGUGUUUGUAUGGCGCUUGGACUCUCAGAUGACCAACUCCAUGAGGAAGAGGCUGGCAGAGAGGAAACAGCGAGGAGGCCUGAGAUUUCAGAGGGCUCCCAGCAAACAGCAGGCCAUCAGGAGAGAGACGUACAUCGCUGUUCCAUGUGUUCCUUUGCCUCAGAUGGAGGAGGAAGAGGAGCACAGCCUGAUACCUGAAAACCAUACAGAAGAUGCUGCUGAGGACUGCAGAACUCCAGACAGGCUCGACUCUACUGAUGCCUCUCUAGAUGCUGUGGUGCUCCAAACCAAUGGCAAAAUGCCCAUGUGGGUGCGCAGACUGGGUGGAGGUGAGAAUGACAGUGGUGUAGCAAACAGAUCUCAGUAUCAGCCCCAGGGCCGCUGGGCGGUGCAGUCGGAUCCUCUAUCUAUCCGUACGGUACUGGAGAUGAAGAGCAUGCAGCUCCCUCUCUCACACACGCCGAGCAGAACCGUGGGAGACGAAGAGUUUGAGGAGGACUCUCGCUUCCACCCGCAAAGUUUAGACAGUCUGCUGGAUGAAGAUAUAGAAGAUGAUGAUGAAUUGGAGGAGGAGAAGAUUUGCAGUGUGUCCAGAGAUGGUUUUAGCUCUUCACUUCAAGGAGCAGAAUUCACGCAGAUUGCACAGGGAGACGAGACCUUUACUCCAGAGAUCAGCUCUUUGGAGAAGACCGAAUAUAUUUUGUACCCCGCUAACAGCACCGCCUUGUCUACUGGAGAAGGAGAGUUUGAUGUGAAAGCUCUGUGUGAGGGGGCAGGUGGUGACCCCGAUGAAGAGGAGUUGAGCCCAGAUAGUGCUUGUUCAGCUGAGAGCCGGGCGUCCCAUAGCGAUCAACCACAUGACCUGGACACGGACUCCCUCAGUCAUGUGAGCUCCACUGGAAGUUCAGGAGUUGAGGAGGAGGAGGAGGAGGAUGAAGAAGAAUCUGGAACUCUGCUUCGCCAUCACUUUGACACUCUGGCUGUGGCUGCUAAUGAUAACUUCAACACAGAUCUGAGCAGUCUGUUGCCUAAUACAGACAGUAACUUCCUCAAUCCACGUCUGAGCAUCUCCACACGCUUCCUCUCUCGAUUUCAGAGCCGCUUCCGCUCUAUAGGUGCUGGUAGCGGUGCUGUUUGCCGGCCAGCAGCGUGUCUGCCGAGUAUACCAGAUGAAUCCAGUGAUGGCUCUCAGACACUGGAUAACACAACGGAUAAAUCGAAGCUUUCAAGCAACAGCAGUGGAAUUGAUAGCAUUAAGGAAGUCUGUGAGAAGAAAGAAAUCACAAACAAGACCAUUCAGUCUAAAAUCCACAACGUUUACAGCACUACAAACUCUCUCUCCACCAAGUCAGCAAGUAAUGCGUGCGAGGCAACUGUUGGAUGCUCCAGCUACAUGGGUCCCACCGCCAGCUCUCGAGCCAAGAUGUCCCGGAGCAGCUCUGUGGAGGGUAUGAACGUUUCUACUUCCCAGGAGGCGCUUCUCAGUGCCAUGACUGUGGACUUAAGCGUAGAGCAAUGUAAAGAGAACGUGCUCCCUCAUCCAAUACCAGCUCUGUGCACUCCUGCCGUGGGUAACCACAGUGCCCGGGCAGCUCUUCGACUGGACCUGAAUGCCCCUGAUCGUGCCAGCCUGUCACCUGCUUUGCUCAAGAGCUGUCUAGCAAAACUCGAGCAGACGGAGGAGACUCCUUGUCGACAGGCUUUGGUGACGCCCACAGAGAUGCGUUCACUGGGUAAACAGUAUCGACAGCAAAUCAGCAAUAUCGAGAAGAGUUUGACUCCUAAGAGCAGAUUGUCGACUGGGUUGGAAAUGUUUGCUGGGAACACCAAGGAAUCAGAAAUCAACGUUGAAGACAACACAAAGUCAGGGCUCUGUAAUAAUGAACAGUCAUCAUGUCAGAUUUCAGAGACAGACUCUGACACGAUACACAAUGAGACGUCUACAGAAACAAAAGAUGACGUACAGGAGGACUCAGGUUUUUCAGCAGAAACUUUAAGCGUCAAGAUGUGUGAGGAGAUGGUGAAUGAACUGUGGCACACCAUCCAUAAAGCAGCUGACUUUUACAAAAAGCUUUGCUCCGCGCAAGAGUCAUCCGAACAGCAGGAACAGAUGAAGAGUAUUUUGCAGGUGGCGUUUGUGGGUGUACAGACUGAGUUACACACCCUCUACCCUCAGGAGACCCAGAGCAACCGUCCCGUGCCGGAGGAUUCUCCCGGACGCCAGCUCAGAGAUGACCGAGCUGUGGCGCUGCUGGAGAAAUACUCAGAGAUGCUUUUGCUGCGGAUGACCGAGAAAGAAGCCAGUGCUGCACUCCAAUGACCGCAUCCAAUUGUUUUGCCUUUGUUUUUGAGAUGUUGUACAGCUAUUGGCCAAAAACCUUAAGGCAUAUUUCUAGAAGCACCUUUUAGCCUGAAUGGCUUUCAUUUAGUUUUAAGCUUUUAAAUAAACGUGUUAAUGCAUUGUUGAGUUGUUUACUUAAACAUUUUGAGUCUCCGAAUGCUUUUUAAUGGGAGUCUUUUUUUACACUACAUUUCAAAACUUGAGUGUAUUUCGUCACAUAAACUUUAAUUUGUCCUCAAACAUUUCCAAAACUUAUCCAGGCAGAUUUUGCAGGUCGGCAAAAUAAACAUUUUGAAACAGUGUUACUUUGAAUAUAUGACCAGUUGAAUUGUGAUUUGUUUACCAAGUGUUCUUUUAUAUGUUUUUUGAAACCAGCUUUUGUAGUUUUACAAUUUUAUGGCGACACAACCACGCAGACCGGAUAGGAGGUGUGUUGUGUUGUGUUGAGUGUUCCUUAAAAUACUGACGUUUGGUCACACUCACUUUUUGCUUGUCACUGGUGUGUUAUUUAUGCUUUGUGUCAUGUUGAUGUGCAAUCUUUUCUUUCACUUGAAUGUUUAGUUACAUUUUAGGUUAACAUUGUAAAUAUGUUUUAAUCUGCUGCUUAA